ACGAUCGACUGCAAACCCUAGGGGCUCGCCGAUAUGGCUGCGCUCUCCUCUCCGUCUCCAUCUACGGCUGUUGGCACGGUUUUAGUUCGUGUUCCAUGACUGCAUAGUGCAAAUCCUAUUUCCAGAGGACUGAUUUGAAUCUGUAAGUUGUAUCGAUCGAUUUUACGCGGUUCUUCUGUCAAAAUGAUUUCAAUUCUGCGCAGAAAGAUUACCUGCUGCUUGUUCGCUGAUUAUGCUUCGCCUCACUGUAUUGCUCGCUCGUUUUGUCUCCGCCUUUUCUCUACUUCGAACGAAGGAGCGUGCGUUAGUUCCGCUGCAAUUUUUGAUUUGUUGCAGCAGAAGCACCACUUUUCGGCCGAAGUGGCCACUAAAGCUGCCUCUGUUUUGAAUCGAGUGAAAGACACCGAGAAAUGCAAUUCGAUGCUGUCUUAUUUACAACAGCGUGGCUUUUCAAAUACUCAAAUGGAGAAAAUGGUGAAGGUCUGGCCUGAAUUGCUCUUGGCUCGUUUUAGCAAUUCCAUUGAACCCAAAAUUAAGGUUUUUCAGGACAUGGGCUUUUCUUCAAAGGAUAUUACCAAAAUAAUCUCAGCUAAUCCUUCCAUUUUGAAGGUAAACUUGAAUAGCAGAGUCAUUCCUUUAUUAUCUAUGCUAAAAGGCUCAUUAGGAAACAAUGAAGCUGUUGCCAAGUUUGUGAGCAGAUCGGGAUGGUUUGUAACCGUCGACUUCAAAAGGACUAUGCUUCCAAAUAUCGAAUUAUUGAAGAGCUAUGGUGUGCCUAUGGAACGCAUCAUUAAACUCAUGUAUACUUUUCCAAGGUGUAUGAUGUUGAACCCAGAAAGUUUUAGGAAGUCUGUGGAAAAGGCUGAGGAGAUGGGGGCGAAUAGAAGCUCCAGAAUGUUCAUACAUGCUGUUCAAGCUUUAUGUCAAAUGUCCGACAAUGUUUUGGAGCUCAAAUUGAAGGCUCUUCGGAAUUGUGGAUUCACAGAAAGUGACAUACUGGUAUUAUUUCAGAAGUCACCAUCUGUGGUUGUUAUGUCUGCGGAUAACAUAAGGACAACGAAAGAUUUUAUUCUAUCUAAUGGAAAGUAUGGUAUGCCAUGCAUUCUUAAUAACCCAGCAGCACUUUCAUGCAGCAUAGAGCAGAGGUAUAAGCCGCGGUUUCAGACUUUAGAAAUUUUGGAAAAUAGGAGUCUGAUUAAAUAUUGGCCCACCCUCGCCUCACUUUGCCAGAUGUCAGAUGAGAAGUUUUUUGAGAGAUUCAUCUGCCCUUAUUCAAGUGAACUAAAAAAUGCAUGCACAGCAGAUAGUUCUUUAAAGUUAAAGCAUUGGUUGAAGAAUUGUCAAUAGCUCUCUAUAGUCAAUAGUUUCCAAGUGAUUGUGGUUAUAGUGACAAGUGACGAUUGCUGUUUUUGAGUGAACUCCGCAAUGUGUAAACUGCAAAUUGUUCUUCAAAGUUAGAGCAUUGGUUGAAGAAUUGGAAGUAGAAGUAGUCAAGAGUUUCCAAGAGAUUCUGGUUGUAGUGACGACUAGUGCGACCCCUGUUGAAAAGAUCCACAGAACCAAUUGAGGACAGAAAUGAUAUUUGAGUCUUAUUCGAAACCUAUAGAUAUGCCCUGUUUGAAGACAAUGAAACUGAUUGAAGAUGGAAUGGAUCUUGUUGGUUAGUUGCUCCUUAUGAAUCUCAAGAACGUUUCUCAUUUUUUACAUUUGUUAUUAUUAUUACUCGCUCCGUUCCAUAACUAUAUAUCCGUUUCAUUUUUGCACGGAGUUUUAGAAAUAUUAGUAUUAUAUUGGGAUAUAGUAGGAAUAAAGUAGAAAUGACUAAAAUAAUCUUAUUAGUAUUGUGUGAUAUGAAUGUAAUGACAUUUGUGUAAUAUAUUGUAAAUUGCAAGGGUAUUUGUAAUGUUAGGUAGAUAAUACCAUUACGAAAGAAAAUGAUAUGAAUACUUUGUUAUGGGACUGACUAGAAUGGAAAAAUGGAUACUUUGUUAUGGGACGGAGAGAGUAUUUACGUUGCGGACAAUAUUUGCUUUAGAUGUAGGAAGAGUAUUAAUGUGCUCUAUGCUGUCUUUGGUACUUAACUUGCUACUCCCUUUGCAUGUUUUUUGAAGUGAGUUAACGGUGAUUUGCGUGAUAGAUUUCUUGCAUAACUGAUAUAUUUAAUUUGAAAUAUAUUGAGCCAAAUUGAUAUUUGAAUUAUACGAGGAUUUGAAUCUAAUUUUUGGAAGCUCAUGUUAGAAUAUAAAAUACCUAUUAUUCAAGCUUUUGAAAAUCAGCGAAAUGGGAGCAGCCUAAACCGUGAAAACGGUUACAUGAUCUAGAACUUUAAUUAUUAAUCUACAAUUAUUGAAUA